AAAAUGUUGAUUUUGUUUUGAUUUUGACAGUGGUUCCCAACCGUAAUACGAAAUUUAGGUUAAUUUUGUUUUUUUCCCCGGGGUCAGUGGUGUAGUAGUAAGUGUGGUUGACUCCUACCCCUGUUUUGAAAGACAGUUUUUUCCAGACAAUACAGUCACACCCGUAUUGAAAAAAGGGAGCAAACAAAACAUGGGACAAAUGAAAAUCAUUUAAUGAUGGUGUCCGACUGAUUGGUGUAACGCAACGAGAUUUAUCAGGAGGUUUAUCAAUUAAUGCAUGCAAAAAUUGAACGAUAGGAUUAGUUUCCCCAAAUGUUUUAGACCCAAGUGGGCGUACGAUCUUGGAGUUCCGUCUAGAACAAGGUAUUGAUUUGUAGUGAGUUUUGCACAAAGUUCGUAAAGAAGCACCCCUGCCUACACCAUUUAGUUAGUACAACAGACAAACUUGACCAAUUCUCACCUACUUCUUGGCACCACACUUGAAUGAACACCGACCUCCCGCCACCAGCAAGAACGCUUUUCCGAAGCUCGAUGCGCUAUGCCGUUCAUGCAGAGUGUUCAGAACAUUGCUGACCGCCAAACUCGCCAACGGACAUCGCGCGCGCGUGUGCUACCCGAAGAAAUCCUCGAUUUUAUUGCCUAUAAUAACUUGAUUGCACCGUUCGAAGGUGCUCAGUCGAAUCGCGAACGACGCGCAAUGGACGCAGGAUUGACCGCGGCAGAUUGUCCGGGAAACGCACCGAGGAGACAACACUACGAGAAGAACUCCAAGAACCAGCAACGAGCUGAGCAGGACAUCAACAACAACAACUCCAACAUCUACAACAAUGGGGCUGUGCAUAUCUUCACCGGGAAUGAGAAGCAACGGCGGCCAGCAGCGGCGAUGGCCGGCCAGGUGGUCUAUGACCGGAACGUGGACCGAGUGCGGCCACAGCUGGACAACGAGUGGAGCAACUACGAGAACACUCCGAACCGAGCGGCACAGGAAACGUUUUACCGGAAUCGGAGCAGCAUCGAGAGUGCCGAGAGUCGACGAUCGUCGGCUAGGAAUGGGGAUGAUGAUGAGGGACCGAUCAGCACCGAGACGUACCGAACUGUGGUGGAGAAUGCGAUGAACGUGGCCUUCCUGGCGGCCAACACGAACCAGCUGCGGCUGCUGACCGAAACCCAGCAGGCAGCACCAUCCUACCAGGCCUCCAUCGGGAUGGUCAUCACGUCGCUGGUGCUGCAGGUGCUGGUCGGGGUGUCGAUGGUCACAAUAUCGAUCAAGAACGAUCGGCGGUGGCGCAAGCUGAAAACGAUCGCCUCUGUCGGGGUGGCCGUUAUUGCGAUCAUCAACCUCAUUGUGCUUUCGUUGUUGAAUGCGGUUAUGUUACAAUAAAGUGUGUUAUAUUUGUGUUAUUUUGGAA